GAUGAAGAGAAACACGUCAUUUCUGAGUUUUGUGUAAACGAGUCCUUAGCAGAGACGUUUCUGUCUGAGAUUUUGGAGAAGAUCAAGGUGGAGAGAGGGUUUAUGGGACAUGAUCUCCUGCAGUCUCUCUGUAGGGUUUAUGUAGGCGUGUGUCAACAGAGAGGAGACUCUCACAAAGCACAUGGUCUCGCCUACAGACUCCUUAAAGAAGACUUUCUUGAAGCCCCCAAAGUGAUUAUGGUCAUGAUCACAGCAUGGCCGAGUAUUUUGUCCCAUGAAAGUUCUUUAUGCCGAUCGAUUCACGUAGUGAGCAACCGGAAAGCAAAGGGAAAGAUAUUUUACUUGCUCAGCAACUAUCUGCACUGGGAUGAGGAGCCUCCGGGAAACAUCUACAAUAUGAUCACCAGCACCCUGAAGUCUUUUCUGGAAGACAGCAGUCUGAGGUUCCUGAGGAACAGCUGGUAUGGUUAUGAUCUCUGCCCUGCUACCUGGAACUACAUCUUCAGCCUGGAUCUUCUGUGUGCACAACUGGGCUGGACUUGGACCAUUAACAAUAUUAUACAGAAGGAUCUUUGGCUGAUCCUGAACACUUGGCUGAGGCAAGCAAGAACAGAGCAAACACCGUUCCGAGACGUCUGUGUAGCAGCAGUUUUCAGGCUACUUGGGCGACUUGGUCAACUAGGACUUAAGGAGAACCUGCCAAUGUCAUUUCAAAUUCUGGCAAAAAGCAUUAAUCAGUUUGUAACACAACAACUCUCAAAGGGUAUGCCAUGGGAAGUGCAGCUCUCAGUCAUCUAUGCCAUUCAUGAUCUGGCACCCAGCAACCCUGAAGCAGCUCUGAAGACUUUGGAAUCAUGGAGGAAAAACAGCACACAACGCGUUCCCCCAGCCGUCAUCAAAUGCAUUACGCAAAUCAGCUUCCUUUGUCGUCAGACCGAGUCACAAAGAUCAUAAUCGUGAUUUAUCUCUAAACCUUUGUACAUUCUGAAGACCCCUACAACAGCACAGAGCUCCUGGAUUCUGUACCAGUCUUUGACAUCCACAGCUUCGAGGAUCUGUUUAAGCAACUUGAAGAGAUGGAAAAUGAUUCAGGAAUAGAGGAAGAUGGUGAAAUUCGAACGUUUCAUCUUUAUUGUGCAUGUUGUUUUACCAUCUUAAAUGUAUAAUAAAUUAUAAUUUAAAGUUUUAUUCAAAGAAAUAAAGUAUUUCAGUCAUGUCUAAUGUCUCUUCAUCACAGAGAGCAUUCAAUCACUGCCCCUCAAUCACCGCCUGCCUCUUUUUUUUUUUCUUCAAAGUUUUACAUUGUUCUGAUAUCAGAUGCCCCAAGAAGUUUACCUGUUGUACAAAUUGCAGUUUAGACACAGAAGCUUUGUGUAUGUGAGGAUCCUCUAUAAUGUUUUGGAGAAAGAGUCUGGUGUCAUUAUGCCAUGGCUUGGGAAGUCGGGAUGUUGUUAAUAAAUGUGAACUGAUUUAAUGUCA